AUGUCCAAGUCCACCCUUUCCUCCGUCGUUUCCACCCUCGUUCGGGCCCAGAUGGGCACCUCGCUUCAACCCACCGUGACCGACGAUGACCUCGACCGCCAUGUCGCCGAGCUCAUCCUCAAAGAGGCGAAGCAGAAGGCCCAGCGGUACGGGAAGGAUGGCAUCAAAGCAUAUCUCGCCCGCUCGAUGGACAACAGUGCGCCCAGGACGAACAAGCGUUUCCUGUCUUCCAUCAUCCGGAACACAGACGACCACAACAAGAGCAUCCUCCGCGCCCAGGCCGACGCUGCCUUGGAAGCCAGGAAAGAGCGCGAGGAGCAGGAGCGUCGAGAGCGUCGAGCACGGGCGGAGGAGGCGGUGGAAGCGGAGCGGUUGCGACGGCGGAAGCGGGACCGUGAUGACGGGGCGGACAACUGGGGCCGCAAGCGGGGAAAGAAGAGCUGGGAAAGGGACGACCGUGAUGACGACCGGAAGAGACGGCACAAUCAUCGGUCCCGUUCACCUCGCAAAGACCAAGACAGGGAGAAAGACACCGACAGCAGGCGGCAUAGAGGCUCGAGGCGGUCCUCGCGCUCCAGGAGCCCUCGGCGACAUUCAAGACGCGAAGUGCACGAAGACUAUGAGGAGCACAGGAGGCACCGGCGAGACAGGAAACGAAGUCGGUCUCCCGACGAUGUCGACGACGAACGCCACCGCCGGAAACAUCGCACACGCCACCAUACCCCCUCCCCCUCAGAGCGACGCUCUCCCUCCUACGACGACGACGUUAGACCGUCCACACGGUCCCGUCCACGGUCCAAGUCUCGCACCUCCUCUCCACAUCGGUCUUCGGGCACGCCGUCCUUGGAGCACGCGGAGGCCACGUCCGUGCGGGAAGACGAGCUUAGGGCUGCUCGGCACAGGCGUCGGUCCCGUUCACCUCGCAAAGACCAAGACAGGGAGAAAGACGGCGAUACUAGGCGGCAUAGAGACUCGUCCUCUACGGGCACGCCGUCGACGGAGGCCGUGUCCGUGCGGGAAGACGAGCUCAAAGCCGCUCUGGAGCGCAAGAUGAAGGGCAAGGCCACAGAUCGUGCGCCGUCGCCCGCGUCGGCACACACGCCCUCGCGGUCCCACCACAGCCGCCGUCGCACUCCCUCGCCCUCGCCUCCCCGUCUCCGCUCUCGGUCGGGCACGCCCCCUCGCACACGCCCCCGCCGCGCGCCCCAGCCCGGGUCGUCCUCGUCCCGCACCCGCUCCAGCUCGCGCUCUUCCUCUGUCGGGCCUGAGCCCGCGUCUGCGCCCGGGGCGAGCCUGCCGUCGAAGAUGGACCGGUACUUCGAGGAGUCGUACGACCCGCGGUUGGACGUCGAGCCGCUGUCCGUGCCGACGAUCCCCGCGACGGGCCUAAUCUCGGACGCGGAGUUCGCGGGGUGGGACGCGAUGCUCGAGAUCAUCCGCAUGCGGCGGCAGGACAAGGAGGACAAGAAGGCGCUGGAGAACGCGCUGGACAUCAAGUACAAGAAGCGGGGCGCGGUGCGGGAGUGGGAUCUGGGCAAGGAGGGUUCUGAGCGCCGCAGCGGCGUGCUUGUUGUACGGUCGUGA